AUGUCGGCUCUCGUCCUUAUCCUGGUCAUCUCGACCAUUGCCUUAGCGCCAGUGCACGCCUUCUACCGCCAGCCCGGUGAAGGCCAUACCAGAAGAUGUCACCAAGAUCUAUGGGAGCGCGUACUCACCGCAUGCGGAGGAUUUCCGGAUGGUAAGUCUGUCCGAAUCUCUUCAAUAUAACAAUCAGUAUUUUCAGGCAGCUCCGGUUUCUCGAUCUUUACACACUGCUGUACAAACAGGUGCCCAGACAACUUCAUACGGAUGAGGGUGUGCCCGAAAACGUUCAACUGA